AACAGUCUCACAAAUAAUGGAGGUGAAGUGGAGAAAGAAAGAGAGAGACCAAACUCCAAGACAAAGCUUCUUUUUACCUUCCUGUCUGCUCUUUAUCUGAAUCCGAGUUCUGGAUCAGGACAAGAAGAAACUGAUACUUCUUGAAAGAAAAAAAGUUGGAAGGUUCUUGUUUUUGAUCAUUUUACUUAAAUGGCAGAAGAAGAAGAUCUCUCGGAGAUGACCAAUGAUGUUGAGCGACAUCUCAAGCUGGAUCCACCUAAGCCCUCUUCGUCGCCGCCGUGUCCAUCCCACGUCCUCGAGAACGUUCUCGAAAACGUGCUCAAGUUCCUCACCACAAGACGCGACCGCAACGCCGUCUCGCUAGUCUCCAGAUCGUGGCACCACGUCGAAGCUCAGACCCGAUUCGAGGUCUUCAUCGGCAACUGCUACUCCCUCUCUCCCGCGCGCCUCACUCGCCGCUUCACGCGCGUUAGGUCGCUGUUCCUCAAAGGGAAGCCCCGGUUUGCUGAUUUCAACCUCAUGCCUCCUGACUGGGGAGCUCAGUUCGCGCCUUGGGUUGCUGCCACGGCAAGGGCUUACCCUUGGCUCGAGAAGGUUAGUUUGAAACGGAUGUUUGUAAGUGACGAUGACUUAGCGCUUCUCGCUGUGUCGUUCCCUGGGUUCAAGGAGCUUGUCUUGCUUUGCUGUGAAGGGUUUGGAACUAGUGGUGUUGCUGUUGUUGCUAACAAGUGCAGACAGCUUAAAGUUCUUGAUCUGAUCGAGUCUGAAGUGACCGACGACGAGGUGGACUGGAUCUCUUGCUUUCCAGAAGGUGAAACUCAUCUGGAGUCUUUGUCUUUCGACUGUGUAGAGUCCCCUAUCAACUUCAAGGCCUUGGAGGGGCUUGUGGUGAGGUCACCGUGCUUGAAGAAGCUUAGAACCAACAGGUUUGUUUCACUUGAAGAGCUGCAUACGCUAAUGGUUCGAGCGCCGCAGUUAACGAGUCUUGGGACUGGCGCAUUCAGUAGUACACACGAUGGGGCUCAGGGUGAACAAGAACCGGAUUAUGCAUCUGCAUUUCGUGCUUGUAGAUCAUUGGUUUGUCUAUCAGGGUUCAGGGAGUUGACGGCGGAGUAUCUCCCGGCUAUAUCUCCAGUUUGUGCUAAUCUCACCUCUCUUAACUUCAGUUAUGCUAAUAUUUCUCCUGAUGUGUUCAAGCCCAUCAUACGCAACUGUCACAAUAUCAGAGUCUUUUGGGCUCUUGACUCUAUAUGCGAUGAAGGACUACAAGCAGUAGCUGAAACAUGCAAGGAGCUUCGUGAGCUUAGGAUUUUCCCUUUUGAUCCUAGUGAAGACAGUGAAGGUCCUGUCUCGGGAUUAGGCCUCCAAGCAAUUUCAGAAGGUUGUAAGAAACUUGAGUCUAUUCUCUACUUCUGCCAGCGGAUGACUAAUGUAGCUGUGACAGCCAUGUCUGAGAACUGUCCCCAGCUUACGGUCUUUAGGCUUUGCAUAAUGGGUCGCCAUAGGCCUGACCACGUGACAGGGAAGCCAAUGGACGAUGGGUUUGGCGCCAUUGUUAAAAACUGCAAGAAGCUAACCCGGCUUGCAGUAUCUGGAUUACUAACGGACCAAGCCUUUAGCCUUAUAGGAGAGUAUGGAAAACUGAUCCGUACUCUAUCUGUAGCUUUUGCAGGGGACAGUGACAUGGGUCUGAGAUAUAUACUCGAGGGAUGUCCUAAACUAGAGAAGCUUGAGAUCAGGGACAGUCCCUUUGGGGAUGUUGGACUGCGCUCUGGGAUGCAUAGGUAUAACGACAUGAGGUUUGUUUGGAUGUCGUCGUGUAGGUUGUCCCGGGGAGCCUGCAGGGACAUUGCUCAUACUCUGCCUAGUGUGGUGGUGGAGGCGUUUGGGUCAGAUGAUGAUGAUGAUGAUGAUGACGAAGACGACAAUGCAGAUUAUGUGGAGACGUUGUACAUGUAUCGGUCCCUUGAUGGCCCAAGGAAGGAUGCUCCAAAGUUUGUAACAAUUUUAUGAAGACAACAAGCUUAGAGAAAGCAGCAGCUGAACUAGAAGAGAAUGUGUGUUUGUAUGAUUGUUUGUACCAUUUGAUUUGAUUUGUUGUGGAAGUCAAAGAAUGAAACUUUUAUUAUUUGUGUGUAAUCAAGAAUAUGAUUUUACAGGCAUUUCACGAUUA